AUGGGCAGUUAUGCUGAGCCAGUCAAGUCCGGGACGGUACAAGAAGACUACGGCAGACGCUUGCUCCCCACCGUGGUGGAAGAUGCUGCACGAAAGAGACCCGACCGUGUGGCAUACUCGUUUCCUGUCACGGAUGAUCCUGCUGCGGGUUUCCACGACAUUACGAACCGGAGAUUCGCCAUUGGAGUCAAUCGGACAGCGUGGUGGAUCGAAAGGUGCUUUGGGAAGCCUGAGCCAAAGUCCUUUCCGACCAUUGGGUACAUUGGGCCAAAUGAUCUCCAAUACGGCCUAUUAAUGCUGGCGGCGGUCAAGGUCGGAUUCAAGAUGUUGUUUCUCUCGCCUCGAAACAGUAUCGAUGGCCACCUGGCCGUCAUUGAUCGUUGUGGCUGUGAUCUCUGGGUGCUCCCCGCCCAGCGAGUCGGCCAUGUCGACCAGCUGCUCGAGCGACGGCCGAUGAAGGUCAUGGCGCUGCCGGAGCUGCUCGAGCUGCUCGCCGAGGCAGAGGAGAAGGAUGUUCCGCCCUAUCCAUAUCUCAAGACCUUUGACGAGGCGCGUCAAGAUCCGUUUGUGGUGCUGCACACGUCUGGAUCGACUGGCCUGCCCAAACCCAUCAUUGUUCCCAACGGAAGCCCGGCCACCGUCGACGCACACCACCUCCUGCCUCCCAUCGAAGGCCGGUUGAGCCAGGCCCAGUAUUUCACCACGCCUCAUCGAGCUUAUUCCACCUUUCCCAACUUUCAUUCGGCUGGAAUGGUGUGGUGCUUUGUCCUCCCUUUCUUCUACGAGCUCAGCGUCGUUCUAGGUCCGGCCAUGGUGCCGGUCAAUCUCGAUCUCGUGAAUGCCAUGCUGGACCACGGCAACGUGGACGGGUCAUUGCUGGCGCCCUCGACGUUGGAGGAGAUCUCCAAAGACCCCGCGUCCCUGGAGAGAAUGGCCAAGACGCAGUUCACCUGCUUCGGCGGCGGUCCUCUAAGCCAGGAAUGCGGCAACCGCAUCAACGCGGUGACUCGUGUGUUCAACACCGUCGGCGUCACCGAAGGCUCUCUCUUCCCCAUCGUGCAGGCCGAGCGGGAAGACUGGAACUAUAUCCAUUUCCACCCGGCCGGAGGCUAUACUUACCGGCCACGAUUCGACGGUCUCUGGGAGCAGUUUCAGACCCGUAAUCCGAAGCUCCAUCUGUUCCAAGCCUUCUUCCAGACCUUCCCGGACGAGACGGAGAUUGCCAUCAAAGAUCUCUACGCCGAGCAUCCCACCAAACCAGGCCGCUAUCUGUACAAGGGCCGUGCCGACGAUGUGAUUGUGCUGUCGAACGGAGAGAAACUCAACCCGCUCGACAUGGAGGCGUGCAUUAACAAUCACCCUGCAGUCAAAGCAUGUCUUGUGGUCGGACAAGGUCGAUUCCAAACCACGGCACUGAUCCAACUGAUCCACCCGCUGCCUGGCACGGACGAUGAAAUUCAAUCUCUGAAGGACAGCAUCUGGCUCAACAUCGCCGUCGCCAACCAGCAAGCCCCAGCACACGCCCAGCUGCACAAGGACUAUAUCAUGUUUGCGGCCGAGGAGAAGCCAUUCAUUCUGGCCGGCAAAGAAACCGUGCUGCGCGCCAUGACGGUCAAGCUCUACGAGGCGGAAAUCAAUGACUUCUACGCCCAGCGGGAGCGGGAGGGGGAGUUGUCGGAUACGGAUGUUGUGUCGCCCAUCGACCUGAGUAGUCGGGAUUCCAUCCAGCAGGGACUUCAUGACCUGCUCAGCCGAGUGCUUGGGGUGACUACUUUGGGGUCGACGGAUGACAUGUUCGCCGCCGGUCUGGAUUCUUUGUCUGUCUUCAAAAUCCUCAGAGGCCUACGAGCCACGUUCCAGGCACCCCUACCCUCAACCUCCCAGUCCAAGUCCAUCACCAUCACGCCCAGUCUGAUCUACAAAAACCCGACCGUGCAGAAGCUGUCCGACGCGCUCUACCGACUGGCUCACCCUGGGGCUGAGGCUGAGUAUCGCGACAACAGCCAAGAUGAAUCUGCGGGCGCCCAUGUCGAUGAGGCAUCGGAAUCGGAAACCGCCGAGCUGAUGCUGAUGCAGUCUCUGCUGGGUAAAUAUACCUCGACCCUUCCGGAAAGAGAAAGAGGUCCUCCGCCGCCAACACCCCAGGGAAUAUCCGUAUCGGUGCAUGACAGUGCGAGUGCCAGUGCCGGUGCCAGUGCCAGUGCCAGUGCCAAUCACGCAAAAGCAACACCACCACCAACAGCAUCUGUCAUCCUCACCGGUAGCACAGGGUCGCUGGGUUCGUACCUCCUCGACACGUUACUGCGCCAAAGCCACGUCUCCCGAGUAUUUUGUCUCAACCGAAGCGCCGAUGCAGAGGCCCGGCAGGCCCAGAGCAACAAGGCCCGAGGGUUGCAGGACAAGUUCAAGGAGGACUUGGACUGCAAUGACAACUGCAACUUGUCUGGACGUGCACAUGAACGUGAACGCGUGCGCUUCAUCCAGGCCGAUCUCUCCAAGCCCCAAUUCGGCCUAGAUGCCAGCGUGUACGAUGAACUGCUGCGCGAAACGACUCAUAUUAUCCACAAUCAAUGGCAGGUCGACUUCAAUCUGAGUCUGUCGUCGUUCGAACCCCAUAUCCGAGGGGUGCGCCACCUGGUGGAUUUUGCCCUGCAUAGCGCCCAUCAUCGCAAGGCCGGCAUUUUCUUCGUCUCAUCGAUUGGAGUGGUCAACAACCAAGGAAACAAUAUCAUUACCAACACCAACAUCAAUACCAACACUAAUCCCAACACCAGCACCAACACCAAUGUUUCGGUCCCCGUCCCCGAGACUCUCAUCACAGACCUCACAUUGGCCGAAGGAGGAUACGGACGGUCCAAGCUGGUGUCGGAGUUGAUCUUGUCCAAGGCAAGCAGCAUCAGCGGCGUCAAAUGUACCGUCUGUCGUGUCGGUCAGAUUGCCGGGCCUGUCGACACCGAGUUGGGCAUGUGGAAUAAACAGGAAUGGUUACCGUUGAUACUCGCCAGUUCUCGCCAUCUCAAAAUCCUUCCUUCGACCUUGUCUGCCCUGGACCGCGUGGACUGGCUGCCGGUGAAUCGUCUAUCACAAAUCAUAGUCGAACUUGCGGGACUUGACACGCCAGACCAGAGUCAGAGUCAUCACCCAGCACAACCACAGCCGCCAUCAAAAGCACCACCACCCCCUCCCUUCCAAGUCUUCCACACAGUGAACCCCUCGUCACGACCCUGGUCUACCCUAGUGCCGACCCUGACCUCGUUGCUGGGGCCCUCGGUCCGCGUGGUGUCCUGGGACACGUGGCUCGCGGCACUACGCGCCAGCGAAACGAACUCAGACUUGGCCCAAAAUCCGGCCAUCAAGAUUCUCGACUUUUACACCCAAGCCGACCGACAGGGCCGAGCGGGGCUGCAGCUCCCCAUGCUCGAGACCAAGGCCACCGCGGCCGUGAGUCGGACGUUGCGGGACAUCGAGCCGGUGGGACCCGAGUGGAUGGAGCAGUGGAUGAGACAGUGGAAUUGGAUUUCUGAAUCUAGCUGA